UCUUUCUUUUCUUCUCGGCUGUUUUUCUUUAGACACGAAGAAUAUGCCAAGCCGGCGAAAAUCGGGCAAAAAUGCCCCGAUUCUUAGCCAUGAAUUUGUGAUAACAAAUCAUGGAGAUAUAGUCUCCUGUAUAUGUAUGGUUUUCAUGAUCGGGCUGAUGUUCCAGGCAACAUCCAAAGUGGCGUCAGUUUUUAUCGCGCCUCAACAUAAUGUGUCGAGAACUCUGAACGGAACAGAAGACUUGCCAACCAAAUACACAAAUGGACCAAAGGAUUUCUGCACCAUUUUCUUUUAUUCAAUGGCAUGGAUUGUGGUGCAUGCAAUCAUCCAGGAAUAUGUCUGGGAUAAAGUCUCUCGAAAACUUCGUCUAUCAAAGACAAAGAAUACAAAAUUCAAUGAUUCUGGAACAUUACUUCCUUUCUAUUUCUUCUUUGCUGCUUGGGGAGCAGAUAUUGUGGUGAAGGAAGGAUUUAUUCCAAAUAUUUCAAAGCUUUGGGACGGCUAUCCACACAACGAAAUGUCAUUCACUCUCAAGUUCUACUUCAUCCUUCAAAUUUCUUUUUGGGUGCACUGCUUUCCAGAGCUCUACUUCACAAGAGCAAAAAGGGAAGAAAUUUUCCCCAAAGUUCAGUUGUACAUUGAAUAUCUGCUAUUUAUCUGGGCUGCCUACAUGCUGAACUUCACCCAUGUCACCCUGUGCUGCUUGGUUGUUCAUUAUGCAGUAGAGACUCUCUAUCAUGGAAUAAGAAUGUUAAACAUCAGUGGAAAGGCAGAUGUGGCUCAAAGCUUGUUCUGGGUGUGGACUGUCCUAUUUGCAAUUACCCGCUUUGCCAUUAUUGCCCUUACUGUUAUGACUUUCUGGUAUGGACUUCCCCGUCUGGACAAUGCUGGUCUAAAUGUGGAUGUUGGAAACUUUAACAGUCCUCCAAUAAGACUCACUGCUAUGGCUGCAGUUAUACUGAUGCAAGCCUGGCUGGCAUGGAACUUCAUCUGCUAUCAGAUCAAGCUGUGGCGUGAACGUGUCAGUGCUGCCACACCCUCCAAGAAGAAAGAUACCAAGAAGAAGAGCAAGAAGGACAGUGACAAGAAGAAGAAAGAGGAAACUUUUGUUGAGGAAAGUGAUGAAAUGGAAGCUGACGAAUAUGAAAAAACAAAUGGGUCACCACAGGCUGUUGGCAAAGCUAAAAAAUCUUAAGUUAUUACAGUCGUGCCUACCUCCCUGUCAUUUAAUAAGUGGAGGUGAGGGAGGCAGUUUGAUAGUUUAUGUUAAAUGAAUAACAAAGGGAAAGUAAGGCUGAAGUAUGUGCUUUGUUACAUGUUUAACAUUUUGAAGGGAGGCCUUUUUUCUGACUCUGUUGUUACUAUGAUAUUACAAGACCAACAGCAGUUAAUUCAGAGCCUAAUUAGAUGUCAGAAAAAAUUUUACUGUGAAGAAAUGGUUCCCUGUCUUAGGAAUGCAGUCAUGUUUCUUGGAUUUGCUUGGAUAAUUAUUCCCUGUAACUGUAUGUAGGAAGGUGGCUGUAUUUGCUGACUGAGGUUGGCCUUGAGAUGAGGAAAACAGAUGGAAUAAUAAAGGAAACCUCCACUGCUGGGACAAGUUGCUGUGAAACUGACAAAAAUGUCUUGAAAUGUGAAGUAAUAUGAAGGUUUUUUUAGAACUAAUGGGAAGCAAGCACUGAAAUGUACAAAAACUGGAAACAAAUACAAGCAAUAUUGAUGUUUGAAUGUAUUUCCCUCUAGAUGCCAUUUUGUAUCAUAUGACCUCCAAAAGUUGCUGCUAUUAUCACAAAACGAUAUUCCUUCAGUUUGCUAGAGCCCCAGAGGAUCAUGCAGAUAGUAAUAGCACAUUCCAUGGUGUUACAUGGUAAUGCACAAAUUCCAACAUUUGGAUGUUACUCACUUAUAUACCAAAAAAGUUUAUUGAAAGGUUGUUUUUGAUAAUUGAACAAGAACCUGUCCUCUGUGUGGAGGUUUUCUUUAAUUGUGUUUUCACUGUGUUAUUUUUAACAUUACCAAGAGCUUCAGUGAGUGGCUAAAGUAGUUGACCUCCUUCCUGUUGCUCGUUGGUUGCCAACCUUCCUCUCAACAUAUAAUAAAUAGGCCUGAAUCUUUGAAUUCAUCUCUAAUAAAUGUCUUAAAAGUCCCCUCAUCCCCCAAACAGUGUAGAAAAGUGGUGAGCAUUUUGUUAACAUCAUGUGACAUUGGAAUGGAUGAGAGGCAAAGGUCAAUGAAAGUAAUACAAAAUUUAAAAAAAUUUUUUUAGAGCAUGCCAAGACUUUUGCCACUUGUUGUUGCAAAGCUGAGUUGUUCAUUUUCCCUUUUCCUCUUCCCUUAGAGGAAAGAGUCAUUUUUCAACCGUCUAUUUUCUGUUUAAAGUAGAGCCAUUCAGCGAUGUACUGUGGCCGUUUAGCUUCUCUUAACAAUGGAAAUAAACAAUCCUGGAAGGUUGCACCUGU